GAGAAAGAAGAAGACGUCAGAUAGCCAUUGUGUGGUUGCUGGGACCCAAACCCGUGUCCUCUGCAAAAGCAAGCGUUCUUAACUAUGGAGUCAUCCCUCUGGUUCCUAAUUUAAAAAUUCAAAGACUUCUCUUUGGCCGCUUUCCUGUUGUUCCUUUCUUAACCACCGGUGGACACUAGUUGUUUUUAUAAUUUGUCAUUUCAGUCAUGUUUUAUAAAUAUAAUGACACAGCCUGUAAGUAAGCUUUUUGGAUUGUCCUCCCAACUCUGCCUAAUUCUCUGCAGAUUCAUCCAAGGAAGUCUAAGAACCAGUUCCUCAUUGGCAGGUGAUUGUGCAGAAUAAGAAGAAAGUGAAUCCAAAGAAAUUCUACCUGUGCCCAGUAUUCUGUUUUCUGCAAAGUUUGAGGCUUUAGAGACAAUUUACCAACAAUUUCAGCCCUGUCAAUACCUCUGCUCUGAGAGAUGAACAAUGAACACAAAGUCUGCUGCCUCCUUAAGGGCAGAAACGAAAAGGUGAAAUAACUGGAGAAAAGAAAAAAAAGUGAAGUAGAAACAUGUUAGCAUCUAAAAAUAUUCUGCUACAAUUGAGAGACAAGAGUUGAAUUCCUUAGAGAGAUUCCAUGGGGGAAAAGGAAUUGUUCUUGCAAAGAGGGUUUCUGAAGCUUCAGAGGCUAUGCUAGACUGAGGUACAUAGAAUGCUCUGAUGUCAUCAUUGAGAAUCCUCCAGUAGGCCUGUGACCUUUGACCCUUAACAGCCAUGCAGGAUAGUGAACACUGGACAGGGCUGCUGUUUGAUUAAGUGAUCUGAGUUCUUCAACCAGUUAAGAGACUUGAAUACAUUUUAAUUUGUGUUGACUUAUCUUAACGGACUUCCUGAAGGUAAAAAAAAAAAAAAAAAGGAUCAGCCAACCUGUAGAGAAAAGGUGAAACUGGACUUUAAGUAUCCUUCAAGGGACUAUUUUGGCUGACACUAUGAAGCGGCGACAAAAGAGGAAACAUCUGGAAAUUGAAGAGUCCGAGGAAACCGAUGAGAAGUCAGGAGGGAUUUCAAAGUCACAAGAGGAUGUCCCUCAACCCGAAUCCACUGGAGUGGCCAAAGCCCAGAACCCAGGGGUAGGGGAGGUCUCCUCUGCCUCAGAAUACUUCUCCUGUGUUUCUUCUCCACACAAGUUCAUCCAUCGUAGUAAGGGAACCCGGAAAUCACAAGACAGUUCCAAGACUACAUUUCCACUAGACCUGGUUCCAGAAAGAGAUGCCACUAAUGCCACCUCCCAACGUCCCUUCUCAUCCUGUCCAUCUUAUAAGACUUGUGUGUCCUCCCUGUGUACAGACAAAGAUGAUAAGGGUAUGAAAAUAUACUACAUGCAGGUGCAAAUGAAAAAAGGCAUGGUUGUCUCCUGGGACACAAAGGAAACCUCAGAGUCCCUAGAAAAGCAUCCAAGGAUGGAAGAAGCCACCCUUCCUGAUGGUGUGUGGGUGGGCACUCCGCCCUCUGAUGUGUCUACCAGAAACCCCCUGUCGGACAGUGAACCCAGUGGAGAAGAGAAAGAAAAUGAAGAAAAGCCAGAGUCAGACAGCCCACCAGGGUCACCCAUGAUUGAAGAGAGACCCAGGGCCAAGACGCCUGACUGGCUGGUGACCAUGGAGAAUGGCUUCAGGUGCAUGGCCUGUUGCAGAGGCUUUGCCACCAUAGAAAGCCUCCAAGAGCACGUGCAGUACGGAAUCAGGGAUGGCUUCAGUUGCCAUGUCUUCCACCUCACCAUGGCGCAGAUUAUUGGCAAUGUGGCAUCAGAGAGUACCCGGAAGGAGGAGAGGAACAGCAACAAGGAGAAAGAGAAACACAAGGAAAAGAAGACUGAGGAGCAGCAGCCCACAGAGGGAAGCGGGACAAAGCGACCCUGGAGCCAGUGUCCAGGCUGGAUGUUUGAUUCUCCAAAGGACAGAAGAAGAAGAAAAGACCAUGAAGACAGCAGAGGAAGCAGACACAAUGACAAUAGUGUAAAGGAAAAUGAAAAGACCAACACUCAGUCGAACACAUAAUCAUAUGCAAUAAAGAUUGUUUUCCAAACUG